GCCGCAAUCCGGCCGCGCCGCGGUGCCGCCCGGCUCGGCCGCUGCCCUGCGCUUUGUGCGUGCGGCGGGCAGCGGCAGCGGCAGCAGCAGCAGCAGCAUGCGGGGGGAGAGGCUCCGCGUGGGACGCGGCGAGGCGGAGCGCCCGCGCCGCCCCGGCUGCUGCACCUCGGGGGGCAGGGCCCCCAGAGAGCCCUGAGCGCCCGGCGGUUUCAUUUUCCUUCACCAAUACUUCAAGGCACAGAGGAGCUGGUAAAGGCAUUGCCAUGAAACCUAACUUGAAGCAAUGGAAACAACUCAUGCUUUUUGGUAUCUUUGCAUGGGGCCUGCUUUUCUUGGUGAUAUUCAUCUAUUUUACAGAUAGCAACACUGCUGAACCAGUUCCAAGUUCCUUUUCUUACAUUGAAACUAAGAGACUUCUGCCCCUUCAGGGCAAGCAGAGAGUCAUCAUGGGAGCCAUUCAUGACCCAUCAUUCUCUGAAACCAUUGAUGGGAACGAGGUACUUCUUAAUGAAGAUCUCCUAGGUACUUUUAAAUCGGGGACUGGAAAUUCUAAGAAAUGGACUGUAUUGGAAGAGGCCUUUAGAAAUGAAGAUGAGUUUUUUCCACCCCAGUUAGGAAGAAAAUCAAAAAGUGCUUUCUACCAAGUGAAUGAUGAUUAUUUAUUUGCUGCUGGUCAGCCUCAGUCACACAGCCAUCUUCAAGAGAUAGAAAAAUUCAUUUCAGCUGACGUGAAUAAUCCAAAAGGAAAUAUUUUACAGAACAACUGGAGCCAUCAGAGAAGAAUGAGGAGAAGGAGCACAAAGCGUAGGAGAGGCCAGAUGCUUGAUGAAUCUGAUGACUGGGAUGGGCUGUAUUCCACAAUGUCGAAAUCCUUUCUUUACAAGCUUUGGAAAGGGGAUGUCUCUUCCAAGAUGCUAAACCCUCGACUGCAGAAGGCGAUGAAAGAUUAUUUGAGUACCAAUAAGCAUGGGGUGCGGUUCAAGGGGAAGCGAAACUCCAAGUUGACAGGAGACCAGCUAUUCUGUGAGCUAAAAGAAAGAGUGAAUGUGAAAACAAUAGAUGGCAAGGAGGCUCCCUUCUCCACUCUUGGAUGGGAAAAGCACGUUCCCCAAAUUCCACUGGUCAAAUUAUAUACACAUGGCUUUGGGAGCUGUGCAGUAGUUAUGUCUGCUGGUGCAAUACUGAACUCCUCUCUAGGGGAUGAGAUAGAUUCUCAUGAUGCUGUUUUAAGAUUUAAUUCUGCUCCAACACGUGGCUAUGAAAAAGAUGUUGGCAAUAAAACAACCAUGCGGAUCAUUAAUUCUCAGAUUCUCACCAAUCCAAACCAUCACUUUGUCGACAGCUCCUUGUAUAAAGAUGUUAUUUUAGUAGCCUGGGAUCCUGCUCCCUAUUCUGCAAAUCUGAAUGUGUGGUAUAAGAAGCCAGACUACAAUCUGUUCACUCCCUACGUACAGCAUCGCAGGAAGAAUCCAACCCAGCCAUUCUACAUCCUCCAUCCAAAGUUUAUAUGGCAGCUCUGGGACAUCAUUCAGGAGAACACUAAAGAGAAGAUACAGCCCAACCCUCCUUCUUCAGGGUUUAUUGGUAUCCUCAUCAUGAUGUCCAUGUGUAACGAAGUGCACGUGUACGAGUACAUCCCUUCGGUGCGACAGACCGACCUGUGUCACUACCAUGAACUCUACUACGAUGCAGCUUGCACCUUAGGGGCCUACCAUCCACUGCUCUACGAGAAGCUCCUGGUGCAGAGGAUGAACAAAGGUUUGCAGGAUGAUCUGUAUCGGAAGGGGAAAGUCAUUUUGCCAGGGUUCAAAGCUGUCAAGUGCCCCAAACGAAAUAAUUUCCCACACUUGUAGAAGUAAGUCUUUCAGAAACAAUGUGCAAUAAGGUACUACUAUCGUACUAUAAACAAGAAGAGAAUACUUGAAAAAAUAUAUCUUAGACCAAUCUAGUCUUGAGUCUAUAAAUUGUAAUUAAGUAGCAGGCAUGAGAAAUACUUCUUUUCUGAGCCUGAGUAUUUAUUACUGCUUUGGAAAUAGUUACAGAAUAAAAGCAAAAGCUUAGUUCAUGAAGGUGCAAAGGAUAUACUUAGGCAGAAAUAUAAUGUAUCAUUGUUGGUAUGACUGUCAGAAUUUGUCGGUGGUCUCAUGCCACAUAUGCUAGACUGUAAGUUUUUUUUAAUGAAUUUAUUUAACUGUCAAACCUGGCAUUGUGAAACAGCCUCCGUUGUUCAUGUAUGUACAGAGUGGCCAGUUGAACAAUGCAGCAUUUCCUGUGACUCCAUGGGAUUUUCACACUGUCCCAGAAUGAAGUAAUUGCUACUCCAAGCUGUGCAGUCACUCACUAGAGCAGACUUCAAUGCCUGUUCCUAUACAGGCUCAGUGCCAGGCCUCCAGCUGAACAGGGGUUGAGGGUAGCCCUGAAGUGUGUGCAGUCAGAGAUGGCUGUACACAGCUAAACCAGUUACACUACUGGAUGUCGUUUUAGAUGCCAGUCUCUCAUGCUCACACUCACUGAAGAGGGAAGAGAGAAACCAUUUCUUUAGAGAAAAAAGAACAUAUUUGUAACCCAAUUAGGAAGAAAAACUCUCCCUGAAAGGACUAUCAGGAAGGUGUGAGAUGGAAAUGGUGCCUUCCACCAGUCUGCACAGAUACAAAAGAUCCAGAGAAAACCAAGGGAGGCUGUGCAGCAUUCACCCAUUACACUGAAAAGCAAGCAUAGAGGGGCUCACCACUUGUCAACAAAGACAGCAUUCAGGAAUGCAGACAUUAUUUUUAGGUGUUUCAUUGGUAUCUGAAUCAAAGUCACUUGUUCACAAGUUCUUGCUGUUCAGAAAGGAAAAAUUUUCUGACAAAAUAAGAUGAUAUCAGCAUUUUUUACUUAAUGCUUGAAAGACUAUAACCCAGAAAAGCUGUAAUGCCUGCAAAAAAACCUGACAACAGAUUGCAUAUAGAGAUGGUUUGAUAUUUUCAUUCAUAACACACAAGGACAAUAUUCUUUAACACAAUUCUAAAAGUUAAUGGUCUAGAGUGGUUUUCUCAGUUUUUUGAUUUGGCUUUUUCCCACCUGACUGUACAUUUUCUUUUAGAGUAAGUUCAGCAGGAAUAUGUGUACACAAAAGCACAGCUAUAUCCUACUCAUGUCCAUCCAGUAAAAAAAGCAGACAGCUCAAAGGGGCAUUGAAAAGAAUAGCUGACUGGUUGUGGUGGAAAGUGUUUUUUGUGUUUUGAUUUAAGCAGAAAGCCUUUUGCCAGAAAGGCAAAGAAAAGUAAACAACAUUAAUGACUAUUUCACCUUCAAUUGUAAUGUAAGGAUAAUCAUAAAAUCCUUUUUCUCUUGCUCAGCUCUUUGGGAAGCAGUAUUGGAAGGAUCUUUUGGAAGGAUUAUUUUCUUCCCCAAAAUGAAGAAUAAAUAUCUUACAUAGGACUAAGCCUUCUUUUUGGGCUUUAUGAUGAUCUUAAGAUUCUUCCUGUUGACAGAAAUCAUGUAGAUGAUCUAAUAACUGUACUUCUGUGUUAUAUGGAAAGUUAUGUCCAUAAGGCAUUUUGGUACAUAUCAAAAUUAAUAAGUUUCACUCAUACUGGGCUUGGACUCUGGAUGUAUUACAUACCAAUUUCUUUUUAAUGUUGUGUGUGGUGGCAACUUUUAUUCUUGAAGUUAAUAACAUUCUUAUUUAAAUGCAUGGAGGAUAAAUAGCCUACACAGAACUAAUCUAUUUUUCCAUAUGUUUCGUACCCUGUUUGCAAAACAUGAGCAGUCUGAACAGUGCAAUUAAAUAUGUCUCUCUCUGCUGUACCCUGGGUUAGCUAUGACAUAACUGUAAAGGAAGAGAGUUUAGCUUUCUAAGACUUGCGAAUAUGCUACUUUUCAAUAAGCAGGAACUUCUAGAGUUCCAAAAAGAAAAAAAAAAAAUCACUUUGGCCUACAACCACUAACUUUUAAUUUUGAUUUUCACAAA